CGGACAUCCUGGUCUACAUCAACGACAGCUGUGUGCUGGGGCGCUCUCACAAGGAGGUGGUGGAGAUGCUGAAGUCGGUGCCAAUGGGUCAGAGUGUGGACGUGGUGCUGAGGAGAGGUUACCCCAUGCUGUAUAACCCUGAUGGAUGUCCCAAACAGAGCCUGGAGACGCCACAAAACCCCUCCAACCCCCCCAAUGGGACCCGCAGCCAGACACACCUCACCUACAGCCGCCCGCUGGAUGCCAACGGAAGCACGCCAGGAAUGAGCCAAACCCCACCCUCCUACACUGCUCAGCCAAUGACGAAUGGUCUAACGGGCCCACCCACGCCCACUUCCUCUGACACCCCGCUGGGGCCACCCCUUCUUCCAGAGAGAACGUCUGCCAAUCACAGCGACUCUGAUGGCGGCAUGUCCAGCGUCGGAACACGGAGAUCUUCUCUGAUUCGUUACAACAGCAGCACUCUCCCCGCCCUCUCCUCCUCCAGCCUCCUCCACCAUCAGAGCUCCAAGUCUUCAGAGAGCGACCUCUCUACAUCGACUCUCCCCAUCUCCUCCUCCUCCACACUCCCCAUGACAUCUUCGUCAUCCCACAUCAUGUCCAAACUGCCCCUCUCUCAGCUGGAGACGGGCCUUGUCCAAAACUCCCCCAGCCCCACUUCUCCCAACAACCCCGGCACAUCCUCCAUGCCUCCUGGCGCUCCUGUGCAGCGUCCGGCGAUGCCCCAGACAUCGCUCGCCCUGACCCCACCCAGAGACGUUGCAACGUGUGGCUUUAACGGCUGUCCGGCCAAUCAUCAGGCGCCCUCCCCCGCCUCCAGAGGGAACUCGGGGCUGGUGCUCCCUCUUGGAGCAGGGUCGCCCGGAUCGACACCGAGCGGAGAACUCGUACCAGUGCCCCUUGGGCGCAGCGAGACUGGGGGGCUGGGGUUCAGCGUGACAGCAGGGGGGCAAGGAGGUCAGCUGGCUGUGGUGAGGAGAGUCUGGGAUCGAAGGCACUGCCCCUCUCUGCAGCCGGGGGACGCUAUAGUGAAGAUAAAUGGAGCGGACGUCCAGAGUCUCAGCUUCUCACAGGUCCAGAGAGUGCUGCAGGAACACACCAAACAGGGAGAGGUGGUCCUGCUGGUCUACAGAGGAGGUCCACUCUCUUCCCCAGUCGUCACCCCCAACAUGUACAAGUCCCUCCCCUCUCCGCAAAGCCAGGCCACACCCUCUUCCUCACACCCCCCAACUUUAGCCGACUUGCCUUCCCCGUCCACGGGUGCCUUGGUGGGGGGCGUCCCCCCACUCAACCAGGCCGGCUUGGUCUUGGAGAGUCCCCAGGAGGGACACCUACCAGCCCCAGGGACCCACCAAGGGACCCCUCCAGCCCAGACUCCUAACGGCUCCCCAGCCUCGGCCCUCAUCCAGAGCACCAGCUUCCUGGACUCGGUUCCUGUGACGCUGACUUUAGAGCCGCGGGAUCUCCUGGGAGUGGAGGAGAGUGCGGGGGGGCCUCCUCCUGUCAGAGGGGGAGGAGCAAUGGGCGCAAUAUCCAAGGAUGGAAGAGGAGCGAAGAUGGUGGAGGUAGAGCUGAGGAGGCGACCGGGAGAAGGCUUUGGAUUCGUUAUCGCCUCUCAGGAAGUGACCAAUGGGGCCCCCUCCCUGAUGUCUCACCGGUUUGUGACGGUGCGGCGGGGCAGCCCGGCGGCUCGCAGCGGGCAGAUUCAGCCCGGGGACCAGCUGGAUGCAGUGGAGGGCCGAGCCGUGGGGGGGCUACAGCACCGAGACCUCGCCCAGAUCCUGAGGAGGGCGGGGAACACCCUGAGACUGAGCAUCACCCCCCGACACCACUCGUCCUCUCUGUCAGAAGGAGCAGAGUUGGACAUUGAUGGUCGGGUGAUGAAAGGAUCCAGAGGGAGGUCAAAGGACGAGUCCAGGUUCUACAGCGUGGAUCUUGAACGAGGUCCCACAGGUUUCGGUUUCUCUCUGAGGGGGGGCAGCGAGUACAACAUGGGGCUUUAUGUGCUCGGACUGAUGGACGGGGGGCCGGCCCAACGCAGCAACAAGAUACAG